UUUCUCAUUUCCCCCCAGCUCUCUCUCUCUCUCUCUCUUUUUCUGUGGCUGUUUCUUUGGAGUGGAAGUUGCUUUCUUCCUCCUUCUUCUUUCAUCUUUUUGUAGAGUUCUUGAAACGCGGACAUGAACUCAUAAACAAACAAUUCUUUUCUGACUAUUGUCCAUGCAGAGGAUAUGUAAUGAGUGAAGUUUCGUUUCAUCUCCUUUCUUCGUCCGUCUGAACCAAUUUAUUUCGUUGUAUUUUUGCGACAGGUCAUGGCAUAAAAGGGAGCUUGGGGAACUGCCGCCUAUAUAUUUGGAGAGGCUAUUACGAGUUCCUUGAGAUCCAGGGAACCCGGGCAGCAAAAGGCCUCCAAAUCCCCCCACCAUUUCCCCUCAUUUUUUCCACCCAACAAAUUCCCUGCCUCAAAGACAGUGCGAACAUAAUUCCAAAGGGAGGUGAAGCCUGGGGCGUUUUCUAGGCUACUCUGGGAUUCUUCUCAUCCUUGAAUAGUUUCUCUAUCGGGGUCGGCUGUCAAAAGGGUGGCGAAACCCGUGAACCUGCGGCCGGUGAACCUUGGAGAGCGAUGAAGAGGAGGCGGAGGGGGGCGUUGCGGAGCAAUAACGAGAUGUGUGACUUCUGAGGUCCACGAGGACUGGUGCCGGUUGUGCCGCCGCCGCCGCCGCCGUUGCCUUUUAUCGCAGCGAUAGUUCGACGGGGGAGGAGCCGAUCGAUGGAGGAGAUGCCUCCGGCGGCUGCUCUGCCAUUUAGGACGGGCAAUUCGCUCCGGGAAAACCCGAUGGACGUCGCGCGCCUUCGGCUGAUAUCAGACGCUGCGACCCUGCUGCUCUCCGAUCCGAUGGCUACCGAUGCUGACCAUGCGCCCGCGGCCAAGCAAGUGGAGGAGAUGGAGGAGGAGCCUGAGGUUGGGACGAUCCGAUCUGUUGGGAGUGAUGAAGAGGAUUCGGUGUCUGUUGGGCCGGAGCCAUCCGUUGGGAAGCUCGAUCAGCGGCAGCAGCAGCAUCGCCAGUGCCACCGAUGAGUUGUCGACUCUGGACCCGUCUUUCGAGAGCCCUGCCCCAUGUGUGCAUAUCGCGGCAGUGCCUACUUUCGCUGCGGGGGUGCCGCCGGCGGUUGCUGAACCAGCAGCGCGUCGGGGAAGUGGUGGUGGGCGGAGUGUGUUCUUGACAAAUUACGUGCCGCUCUGGGGCUGCGUAUCCAUCUGCGGGCGGAGGCCGGAGAUGGAAGACGCCGUGGCGGCGGCGCCUCGGUUCUUUGACAUCCCGCUCCGAAUGCUGACUGCUGAUGGUGUUGUGGAUGGGCUGGAUCCAUGUUUGGUUAGCUUGACUGCCCAUUUCUUCGGAGUUUACGAUGGUCAUGGUGGUGCCCAGGUUGCUAACUACUGUCGUGAUCGAGUUCAUCUGGCCUUGGUAGAGGAGCUGAGAAAUGUAGCUGAAGGUUUGGGAGGAGCAAGCGGGGAUGCUUGGAAGAAGCAGUGGGAGAGAGUAUUCAUUGAUUGCUUUCAGAAAGUUGACGAUGAGGUAGGAGGCAAAGUGAGUAGAGGGAAUGUCGGAGGUGGGGCUGGUGCAGGUGCGCCAUCAGAAUCUACUGCCCUGGAAACCGUCGGAUCAACAGCUGUGGUUGCUGUUAUCUGUUCUUCGCACAUCAUCAUUGCAAACUGUGGGGAUUCAAGGGCUGUCCUUUGUCGUGCUAAACAGCCUGUGCCACUAUCGGUGGAUCAUAAACCAAACAGAGAAGACGAGUACAAAAGGAUUGAAGCAGAGGGAGGCAAGGUCAUACAAUGGAAUGGACACCGUGUGUUUGGUGUUCUUGCUAUGUCACGCUCAAUUGGGGACCAAUACUUGAAGCCAUGGAUUAUUCCUGUACCAGAAGUCACAAUCGUUCCACGAACAAAAGAAGAUGAUUGCCUUAUUCUAGCUAGCGAUGGCUUAUGGGAUGUCAUGUCAAAUGAAGAGGUUUGUGAGGUAGCCCGCAAGCGGAUCCUACACUGGCACAAAAGGAACGGUGUCACGUCAUCUCCCACACACAGAGGGGAAAAAGCCGAUCCUGCAGCUCAAGCAGCUGCGGACUGCCUGUCAAAGCAUGCUCUCCAGAAGGGAAGCAAAGACAACAUCACCGUCAUUGUGGUGGACCUGAAAGCACAGAGGAAGUUCAAGACCAAAACCUAACUGGGUAGGCUAGACUUCAUUUGAUCAACUGGGUCAGAGAACCACAUAAUAUGGGAUCUAAAUCUAGCCAGAAAAUUACUGCCUUAAAUAACUUAACUGGCCCAUCUGUUUUUUUUCUUCUUUUGGGCUCUAAGGGCUGUACCAUGUAUUUGUUAUAGAAUCUUUUCAACCUCGGGUAUAUAAUUCUAAUCCAGGUGGCCAUAAUCUUGUAGUUUCUUUUUUCUUCAGCUUGGCUGAGUCCUGGCAAUGUAAAUAUGAGCUACUGUAGGUAAAGAAAUGGUGGUGGGAAGUAUUCUAUACUACCCUCAAGACACUGUGUUUAUCUACUUUGUUGUAUUUCCUUCUAUCUCCGACUGUAAGGCUCUGUGAGAUUCUU